AUGCCGCAACCAAAGUCCAAAAAUGCGGUCGGACUCGGCAAUAGUUUGAUGAAUGAUCGCUUUGGAAAGGGCAAAGGUUCUGAUCGUAAAAAAGGAGCUGUCACCAGAAUCAACCAUGCAACUGGCGAAGAGUAUAUUACAAAUGACAGAAAGGAGGCAGCAUGGGUUAAAAUGCGCUCCGUAACCGAGCAAGGCGCCUUGGACGAGUUCCUUGCGACGGCCGAACUUGCAGGUACCGACUUUACCGCCGAGAAGAUGAACAAUGUCAAAAUCAUACACACCGACCAAAGGAAUCCUUACGUCUUAUCCGCGAACGAGGAACGGCAUGUCAUAGGAAAGCAUAACCAGCAUAGAUCCAGAUUAACCGUUCCAAGGCGGCCCCACUGGGAUGCCUCUACCACUGCCGAAGAGCUGGACCAACUCGAACGGGAGAGUUUCCUGAACUGGCGACGAGGCCUAGCAGAACUUCAGGAAAAUGACGAUCUCCUCAUGACCCCGUUUGAACGCAACUUGGAGGUGUGGAGGCAACUGUGGCGCGUUAUCGAGAGAUCGGAUCUAGUUGUCCAAAUUGUCGACGCCCGCAAUCCUCUCAUGUUCCGCUCCGAAGAUCUAGAAUCAUAUGUAAAGGAUGUAGACCCGGGAAAGAAGAACCUGCUGUUAGUCAACAAGGCAGACAUGAUGACCACAAACCAGAGGAAAGCAUGGGCCAAACACUUCACAGAACGCCGGAUAGCCUACCGCUUUUUCUCCGCAAGUUUGGCGAAGCAGAUGAACGACGAACGUAAUCUUGAAGAUGAGCCUGAAGAGCCAUUAAAUGGCGGAAGCGCAAACCCCAAGACUAUGCGAAAGCGCACGUCCGAUAACACCUCGGAAGACGAGAGUGACGAAGACGCAGGAGACUCCGGUGUAUCCCUUAGCCAAGAUGUGGACGAUGAAACGAGGAUAUUAACAGUUGAAGAACUAGAGGACAUAUUCCUCAAGCAUGCUUAUGAUCCUGAUAAUCCGGAUAAGAGGUUAGAGAUUGGUCUAGUCGGCUAUCCCAACGUUGGAAAGUCGUCAACAAUCAAUGCUCUGAUUGGUGCCAAGAAAGUCUCGGUUUCCGCAACGCCAGGCAAGACAAAGCAUUUCCAAACUAUUCACCUAAGCGAAAAGGUCAUUUUAUGCGAUUGCCCUGGUCUCGUGUUCCCCAAUUUCGCAACAACGAAAGGCGACCUCGUCUGCAAUGGUGUUUUACCAAUCGACCAGCUGCGGGAAUACACUGGUCCCACUACACUUAUCACGCAUAGGAUUCCCCAAGCUUUCCUCGAGGCUAUCUAUGGUAUCCACAUCAAGACUCGGCCAUUUGAAGAAGGGGGUACGGGAGUGCCUACUGCAAGCGAGCUCCUGGCUGCAUACGCCAAAGCACGCGGCUUUACCACAUCAGGUGUUGGUCAGCCAGAUGAAUCACGAGCUGCGAGGGUUAUUCUCAAAGACUAUGUUAGCGGAAAGCUCUUGUACGUGGAGCCCCCGCCUGGGUGGGGAGAAGGCGAUGAGUUCAACCGUGAACUCUAUGAUUCAACACAUUUACCAGCAAAGCGUCAAGCAGCCUUGGCCGCUGCCAUGGAAACGCUAGACGUAGGAGAUGGCGAGUCGACAGUCGAUACGGAAAUUUCGGUGCGACCAACUGGUGUUAAAUCAAAGAAGCUUGACAAGGCAUUUUUCGCACAAAACACGGGAAACGCAGGGCACCUCAAAAUGCCUUUUAGUCACAAAUACACGGAGCAGGGACUUGCGCAAGCGCAGGAGCAGGAAAGGCAGCUAAGUGGGCGCAAAGCCAGAGCAAUGAUCGCGCUGGAAGCAGGCGUUGACCCCAAAGAUGUCCAAAUCGGGACUAGUAAGAAGCACUUCAAAGGUGGUUCGAAGGGAAGGGGGAAGAGGGUCGACAACAAGAUGUUGAACGAAUAA